CUGGUCUGUGUUUCCUGAGGGGCGGGAGCGCGCGGCGCGUCCAUGUGUCGGAGGCUCAGACUUUGAUUGAGUGUGUGUGUGAUCGGACUCGUGCGUGUUCGACGAGCUCAUAUGAUGAUGAUGAUGAUGAUGAUGAUGGUCGCCGCCUCAGGCUGGUGUGUCGCCGGUAUCCGAAUGUUCACGGCCGGUGAAGUGAAGGCUGUUAACGGGACAGACGUGCGUCUCAAAUGCACCUUCCAGACUUCAUCUGCGAUCCGAGAGGCGAGUGUCACGGUGUCCUGGAGCUUCAGGCCACUCGGACCCGGACAAGCAGAAACGGUGUUUUAUUAUCAAGAGAAGCCCUUUCCUCCUGUGGAGGGCCGCUUCCGGAAGAAGGUGGAUUGGGCAGGAGACAUCAGUGGCCGCGAUGUGUCCAUAGUGCUGCGGAAAGUGCCGUUUAGUUUCAAUGGGACGUUCACCUGUCAGGUGAAAAACCCGCCAGAUGUGCACGGUAACGUUGGUGAGGUGCGUCUACGAGUCGUCACUACAGCCUCGCUCUCUGAGAUUGUAAUUCUCUGUGUGGCCAUUGGAGGCGCCAUUCUGCUGAUUCUUCUGGUGGUGAUGAUGGUCGUGUUCGUGCGUCGCAGUCACAGACGGAGGAAUAAUCCGGAACAAAACCACAUGAUCCUGCGACAAGAGCAGAAGGUUCUGACGGGCUGGUGAGGCAUUUGCUCAGAGAGAUCGGAUGAGCUUUGCUUCUGAAAUCAUUUCACAUCACAAACUCACACACAUGUGGUUUCCCUUGAUAUCUCAGUGAUUGUCAGGAGUUUUCUGGAGUUGGGUGAUGUGCCUUCAUCUGUAACUCUUUAGUCAUCAAGCGUCACUAUAACUCAUAUUCAUCUUACAGAUCACGUGUGUUUAGAAGUGUCACGGCUUCUGCACGGGAAUCAACAUGUUUUCUUCAGAAUAUGUGCAGAUCUUGCUUAUUUGUGUCUGUAAUGAAGGGACAGGUUUGUUUUUCUCUGGUAACGGGCAGAUCUUGGUUGCUAUGGUUAACUCUCUUCACCUCACAGAGGUUUGCACUGCUAUUGCACACACGCUGGAUGAUGAUGAUGAUGAUGAUGAGGAAGAGACACAUCCACACUGAUGUGUCUGUCGCCCCCUGUGUGUCGAUCUGAGCACUGCACUCUAAACACACAGAAGAUGUUCUGUAGAAGAUGAAAUUCAGCACGACAGCACACACACACACACACACACACCAAUGCUUUUCCAUCAGUAAAUCUACAUUAAAGAGCACACAAGGUUUUAUUGUGUAAUUUCAUGUUUUUGCAUUUCUGUUCUUGAGUUUUAUCAUAAAAAAUAAACACUAAGAAAUUGGUCAUGCUCAUAA